AUGCCAUCGCAACGGUAUCGCCACCGUCAUUCCCUCCUAAACCUCCCCCCUGAGCUCCAACUCUUAAUAGUCGACCACCUGGACGUCUGGAGCAAGACGGCCGUGAUCGAAAGUUCCAUUCUCCCGAUCUCCCUCAUUCUGAAUAAAAACACAAUAAACAAUCAUGACAGCGACGGAUACACCCUCCUCCACGCAGCCGUUAAAAAGAACUACCCCGCAACAGUCACAUAUCUCCUCUCAGCUGGCGUCAACCCAAGCCCACCAUGUAAACAACAACCAGGAACCCGGAAUGCAAAUGCAACACCACUCGUCUUCGCAUCCGAAAGCGGGAAUAUCAAGAUGAUAGACCUCCUCGUGGAGCACGGCGCAAAUAGCAAUGAGGCCACCGAAGCCGGGAGGUCCUGUCUACACAACGCCGUCUCAAAUGGCCACGAGAAAGCAGUCGAUGCACUCCUAGAACACGGUGCGAAUCCCAAUGUCAUGAACAACCGCGUUGGAUCGCCACUGGGUAUUGCGGCUGAGCGUGGCUCUGUGGAUAUCGUUCGGAACCUGAUAGAGUAUGGAGCGAACGUUAAUGGGAUGAGUAGUCCGUUAACUGGACUUACACCGCUGUACUAUGCCGCGAUCAAUGGGAAUGUAGACUGCGUCAGGGCGCUACUGGGUGCGGGUGCCAUUGCAACUCAUGAGCCGGUGCCUGGGGGAGAAGGGUGGUUUGUUCGUCCACCAUCGCUGCAGACGGUUGCUGGAGGAUCCCUUGCUCCGGCGGCGGGUGCUUGGAUUGAGAUGUAUGCGUGGAAAGGGGCCGGGGUGCGUGAGAUGCAGGGGCGGGUGGGGACCGCUGGGGAGAAAGAGGCGCAUGCGGAGAUCUUGAGGCUGUUAAUUGACGCGGGUGGGGAUGUCUCGGCUGUGCAGGUGGGAACGGGGAUUUCAGCGCUGCAUAUGGCUGCUGCGGUUGGGAAUUUGGCAAUGGUCGAAAUUCUCCUGGCAGAAGGCGUGAAUGUCAAUGUGAGGACGACGCGUGGGCUGUCUGCUGUUUGUCUGGCGAGGAUGCUCGAGUAUACGGAAAUUGUGGAGUUACUGGAGAAGGCGAGAGAGACGAAGCCUGAUAUGAAGAGGCCUGCAAUUGGGCGUAAGUCUGUGAGUAGAUAA